GAUACCCUCACAUGAAACCAAUGAUUGUAGACUUUCUAUACUUGGAUUUAACUGUUAUUUUUAAACAAUAUUUCAAAUAUCCUGUAACUCGGAUUACAAAUUAGCAUUUGGAGUUGCACUAAAAAUACAUACAACUAUAUUUGUGGAUAUUUUAAAUCAAAAUCACAAUCAUGCUUCAUCGACCUACUCUCAUGCCUGCAUCAAUGAAAUCAUCCUCAAAAUUCAACUUAUCUACUAAUUCAAAACAUUCAUCUCAAUCAAGUAAAAUGGAAAGUCCAGAAUUGUUUCAACUACUUAACUGUGGUGAUGAUGAUGAUGAAAUAGUUAUUGUAGAACCUACAGAUCCAGAUGAAGAUCGUAUGAAACAGGAAGAUGCAACAUUUGAUGAUGUAUUAAAGAAAGAACAAGAAGAUUAUGCGGAGGAAGAUUACAAUGGGAAUGAUGGAGAUAUGAAUUCAAAUGACUCUCAUAUGAAAGGUGAAUCUCACAACCCAGUGUCGAAUAUUAAAGUGGAUGAAGCCAUUGGAAAUGGAACUCCAGUGACCGUAACCACAGAUUCGGUUAAACCUAUUGGAAUUUUACCUCUGAAUGAUGUGAUUCACAAUUUACUCACAUGUACACCACAUGUUGCUCCCACCAUACAAAAUGUUGCACUUCAACCUAUAGUGUCGGGUAAAAUGAAUGGAUCAGGAAGUGUGCAAAUGCCGAAUGUUGUUUCCAAUGCAUUGCCUACAUUGUGGCUUCAUUCUCCUGUUGUGAAUUCAACGGAAAUGAUGAGUAUGCCUAAUGUGAAUAGUUUGACAGAUUUGACGAGUAAUAUUGUACAGAAUAGUGGGACUGCACUGAAUCCACUUGUUGCUGCUGUGCUUGUGAAUUGUGCCACAGUGAACAUGAUAAGUCAGUUAGCUGGAUCUAUGUGUACUCCGAUGGUGAACAGCAGUAUGAUCGAUGGUAAUGUUAAUGGUAGUAAUGUGAACAACAAUAGUGAGCACACUAGUAGUGCUUGUAGUGUUAGUAGUGGUAGUGUUGGUUUUAGUAGUGGUAGCAGUGGAGUCAACACAGUAACAAUCCCUACAGCGUCAUUACUUCCCAAUUUGCUAUCUGCCAUUCCUUUGUCUACGUAUAUAUCGGGAUUAGGACUGAAUACAACUGGAGGUAUAAUUACUUCACCAAAUAGUUUGUGUAAUGUUGGUGUUACUAGUACAGCUGUCUCGUCUGCUGCAACCCUUAAUAAUAAUAAUAAUAAUAAUAAUAUUGGUGGUAUGAUUGUGACACCAUCGAAUGUUGAGAAUAUUACAGUUUCUUUAUCAUCUGACCGAAGUUCUAGUCAAGCUGAAUACUUACAUGUUUCUGACGAUAAAAACACUCAGCGUCCUGUUGGACGUGUAAAACGCUUCAAAUGUCCUAUGGUUAAUUGUCAAAUGUCAUUUCAUAGUAGAUUCAAUCAAAUGGAACAUAUACGUACACAUACUGGUGAGCGUCCAUUCACCUGUCCAGAACCUCAUUGUACUUCAACAUUUAAACGUAGACGUGAUCUUCGUGAUCAUUGGAGUAUGCAUCUCUUAGAUUGUCCACCAUCAGCUACAUUGACUGAAGAAGAAUUCAAUAAAGCAUUGAAAGAAGCUGAUGAAAAAUAUAACGCAAUGUAUAAGUGGGAAACGUUCAAUGUAAACGCUUCAGUUAAUAAAGAUAAUGUUACUGGUAGUAGUAGUAAUAAUAAUAGCAGUGACAACAAUAAUGAUGUAAGUACUGUAAAGUCCGAAUCAUCUCAGUCAUCCGUGGUAAUUCCUGACCCCAGAGCACUGUUUAACAUUAAGUCUGUUAGUGAAUUGGGUAGAUAUCAUUGUACAUAUCCUGGAUGUGAUAAAUCGUAUGCUAGACGGCAUCGCUUGAACCAACAUAUAUCAACACAUACUGGCACUGGUCCGAUACCAUGUGAUGCACCGAAUUGUAAUGUCAGGUACUUUUCAGAAGAGGAUUUAAAGAGGCACAAAUUAUCUCAUCUUUAUGCGGCUGAUAAGGAUUCACGGCGUCGACAUGCUUGUACAUAUGCUGGAUGCGGUAAAGCCUAUUCAAAGCUAAACAAGCUCAAAGAGCAUUUACGAUCACAUACAGGUGAAAGGCCCUACGUCUGUCGUGAACCUGGUUGCGGUGCUGCAUUCAUCCGGCUAUACGGUGUUAAACGUCAUGAAUUAACACACGUAUUCGGCCGUAAACGUGCUGAAAGACUGUCUCAAAUCCCUAACACUAACAGUAUGACAGGGACUAGUUUUGAUAUUUCUGACCCAAGGUUGGAUAUUCAGAACAAUCCAGAAAUAACUACUAGUUCACCAUAUAUCUUACCAAAGCCGGAACCAUUGGAAACAAGAAAUGAGAUAUCGAUAGCGCCAGCUGUUAUGAAAAAUCGUCCUCUCCCAGCUAUUGCACCAAAAUCGAGUGUAUCUCUUCCGAUGCGUCCUAUUUCUCCUAUAAGUGGGAAUCCAGGAAUGAGACGACCACAUAUCUGUCCAUUUAAAGAAUGCGGUAAAGCAUUCCCAAAACUGAAUAAACUGCGUGAACAUAUAUGUCGACAUACAGGUGAACGACCAUUUGUGUGUGAUCAAUGUAAAGCUUCAUUUGUCCGUAUGUAUGAUUUACGUCGUCACAGCAAUAUCCACAUUCGUGGUGCACAACCAAGAAGUUUGUCACGUUUUCUUACAACUCCACAACAAACAAAUGAAACACUUGAAUCUAUUGUCACAAACAGUCAAAUUUCUGUCAGUACUGCUCCCAUUACCACUCUCAAUACUGCUACUAUUACUACUACUCACACCACUUAUACUAAUACUAUUCCCACUGCUACUACGACAGUUUCUGCAACCAGUCUUAUUUCAGAUACUACAAAUUCCACCAUCUCUACUGUUCCUGUUUCUAUCAGUAUUCUUAAAGUUGGAGAAGAGUCGGAACUAAUCAAAAUGGAGGAAAUUAUUGAACAAUCAACAAGUCUGCAACCAUGUGAUACUGAUGAUCAGGUAACAGAUUGUAUUGAUAAAUAGUGUCACUCACCUUGGAUCAUUUGAUUUUGACAAUUAUUUAAUAUAAAUGGAAUGAUCGAUAACAUUUUUGUACAAAAAAUUAUCCACUAUUAGUUGUCGCUGACGCUGCAGUAAUAAUGAUUGUAGUUGACUCAUUAAUUUGUAGUGCUUUUUUUUACAAAUGUCAUUCAUUCAUUAACCAACCAACCAUUCGUAUGUUCACCAAUUAUUAGUAUUAUCAUUUUUUUGGUAUUUCAUGUGACCUUGUAAUUUCAUUGACUUGUUUUUCAUCUGAUUUUAUCGAUAAAUUAAUGUCUGAUUUUAAUUUCUUGCCUAUCAUAAAGUAUUGAUUAUUUCUUGAUUCAUUCUUGACAGUCAUAACUGGUGUCUUACUGAUAUAUAUAUGCAUUACGAUGUCAUUAUUUCUUGAUAUCGUUUGGAAUAUUUCACAAUGUGAGAAUCCAACCAUUAUGUUGUAUUCUUUUUAGAUUUAUCUUAAUUGGCGUACUAAUGGAAACGAAGGCGUAGUGGAUAACAGUUUCGUUUUAGUAUGAGACACCUCGACAAAACCCAUCUACGACCUCAUUAGAUAUAGGAGGCGUAACCUUCAAAUCUUGUGAUGCAUGUUUAAAGAUUAGAAUUACCAGGUUACCGUUAAGUGCUGUGGUUACGACUUCAGUCAAUUUUUUAGUGUUAAAAUUAUCCAAUGCUAUAUGUGUAAAAUUCACAAACCCUGUACAAAGAUGGGUAAUGAUUGUGUAUAACCUUAUGUGGUGUUGUUAUUGAUUUUUAGCCUUUGUCGAUCUCUUAUUUUCUAAGUCAUACGAGUUACUUUGGUUGGAUGACUCAUAGUUUAUUGACCUCUAGAUUGGUUCAUUUGUAAUAAUUGUUAAACAGAUGACCUUCCUUAAUGGGUGUAUCGUAUUUAAUGUGAAUUGUAUAUGGUCAGGACUUCGGUUUUUAGAAAAAAUAGGACUUGGUAUUUAUGCUUAAUGCUUUUAUGGAUACGUAUACGUACAAUGAAGACAUUCUAAAUUCUUGACAUAUCACUGGCAAUUUACUACUUUGUUACUCCUCAAGCCAUAGUAUUUUACGGAAUGAACAGCAUAAAAUUUUAAAAGACAGUUAUGGGAGUGGGUGAGGUGGCGCUUCUAUAUGACUCUCGAUGAUUUUUGACGUAAGAAACUUUGAAUCUACUAUUCAACAGUUGAAAUUCGAUUUAUUUAACUUCAGUGAACUACAGCCCAUACAUUUGUUCAGCAGUUUUGUUUACUUUAAAUAAUCUUAAAAACAUCAUGGUGUAUUGCAGGAAAAAAUACUUCGAAGAAUUCAACAAUAAGUUCCCUUGUAUAGUCUUGUUUUCCUUUAUAUUCAGUUUGUUGUGUAAGUUACAUUAUGAAACAAUUUUCUGGAGUGGUUGAAGGCAGUCUGCAGGCGACCCUAGAUUUAGGACUAGACAAAGACUGAUCAAUACGCAGUGAUCAGUCAGUCCUAUAGGAGGUCAGUUACGGCCCGAAUAACCCAGUGGUAACGUCUUAGAUUGAGAAACUGGGUGACAGUUUCAGAUCCACCAGUGUGGACCUGUUCCCUCAAGAUUCCACAUAUGGCUUGGUAGCUAUUACUGGAUAGUAUGCAACUUAGGUCAAGUGGGUUUUUUACUGCUGACUACCUUCAACGACCUAACAUUUCGGCAUAGUGCAUGCGAUGUUCAGUCGUUUAAACUAAUGAUUACAUUGUUACUUGGUCUAUAACACUUGAUUACCAUUAGGGUAUAGUUAAACAUGACAUCGGUCACUAGUCAGUGAUCAGUUGACUGUUAUUCAGUGAGUUUCAUAAUGUUAACUAAACAAUUACAUUUUUUCAAGUUUUUCUCUAUUAUGAUUCGUCCGGUAGUUUCAAGUACUUUGACUCAGUUGAUCGUGAGGUUCUGUGGCAGUGUUUGUCACUAAAAGGAGUACCAAAGAAGUACAUUAACCUUGUAAAGGCUCUCUACUCGAACACAACUGGUCGAGUGAGAGCUUAUGGCGAACUGUCAUCAGAAUUAAUUACCUCAAGUGGUGUUCGUCAGGGCUGUCCACUCUCUCCAUUCUUGUUUAACUUUGUCGUUGACGUGCGUUUAGAGAUAACACUCUCCAGGGGUUGAACUUUAUAAGGAGAUUCACUUGUUGACUUAGAAUAUACCGAUGACAUAGUUCUAUUUGGUGAAGACGCUGACGAAAUACAGAGUCUUCUGACCACUCGAAGCAACAAUGCAAGCACGUUCGGCAUAUGAUUCACUCCCUCGAAAUACAAAUGUUGCUUCAGGAUUGGGUUGCAUCGACACCCGAACUAAUGAUAGGGAGUAAAGUAGUUGAGCGUGUCUAUCGCUUCACUUAUCUUGGAAGUCUCAUCAGCCCUUGUGGUCUGGUGUGUGACGAAAUCUCAGCACGGAUACAGAAGACUCGACUAGCUUUUGCCAACUUGCGUCACUUAUGGCGUAGGUGAGAUAUCCGUCUACCAACCGAAGAACGGGUUUACUGCGCAUCAGUUCGUUCCGUCCUCCUUUAUGGCAAUGAAACAUGGCCGGUAAGUGCAGAGGAUGUUCGUAGGUUACUAGUAUUCUAUCAUGUGUCUUCGGAGCAUUUCUCGUAUAUCCUGGGACCAUCGAGUAAGUAACACAGUUGUUAGGAAACGGGUACUAGGUAAGGAUGGCAAAUCGAUUGAUGAAGUGGUGAAGCUUCAUCAGUUGAGAUGGCUGGGACACGUGUUACGUAUGCCCAACCACCGACUGCCCCGAUGUGCGAUGUUUUAUGGUGUAGGAGUAGGUUGGAAGAAAACUAGGGGUGACCAGACCAAAACAUGGCAUAGAUCGGUGAAGUCAUUGAUAAGUGGACUGAGCCAUGUUGGUAGGUGCAGACUACCUGGUCGGGGACCGCGAGAUGAUAGCAACCGAUGGUUAGAGACCUUGAAAGUGACAUGGCUCAAAGUCGUUUGCAAUGGCGCAGUUGCAUCCGCUCUUUGUGUUCUUUCAAAUUCGAAUCUUCUGAAUUCUUCAUGUCCCUUUCCUUUUUCUUCUUUGCAAAUUUAUUUAACUGGAUUAUACUCCUUGAAUAACAUCUUCAAACUCUAAUCUUUCCGAUUACUGCUUAUACUCUUACUACCUCUACGACUAUGAGAUUUGAAUUGAAAAUUUUAUCUGUGUGCUAAUGUGGUAUGGCAACUCGAAGUGAUUUACGUACGUACGAAGUUCCACGUUGUUGUUAUUGACUGACUGAGUUUCAAGUAGUUGUUUGAAUAUACCGAAGAUAUGAGAAAAAAACAAACCAAUGAGCAUUUAUAACAAUUUUACUAAGUUAUAUAAUAUUAUGGAUGGUGAAUUUUAUAUUGACAAGAUUAACUCAUUCCGAUAAACAGCAAUGUGGUAGUGUGAUCAAUGGGAAUUCGUCAUAUAGAAAGAAAUGUUAAAGUGCAAAGAAAUACUUAAAAAGUGUUAAUUUAUACUGUGGUUAGGAAAGGUAUCCAGACUUUCAUGUGAAUAUGCUUUAAAUUUCUGAAAAGCCUAACUUUAAAUGGAGUAAACAAAGUUAUUUACUUUAAGACCCUACUAUCUGAAUCGUCAGUAAAUGUAAGUUGUAUUCUUUCAUAUAUUGUGACAAUUUUAUGCUUUCAUUUCGGUUAUCUUCGAAAUCCCCAUUUCCUAUUCAACUUUAUGAAAAGGUUAAAGUCAGGUCAAAUAUGAAAGACGAAUGAUGUUUUCCUACAGUUUAUAUAUUCCUUGGUACGGCCGAGAGUGGGGAGAGUCCGCUCUCCCUCUCGAAAUGCUCUCACAUGGCCACACGUAUAUAGCCCCUGCCAGGGAAGUCAUACUCAUUGCCUUCUCGUGGCGGGGGUGUUGUUUACGAAAAUGAGAGGACGAAAAGCGAAUGUCCGGCGCUUUAACCGGAUUCCAAACUAAUGGUGCACAUAGGCUCCAGUAUCCUGCGGAACAAAUGGCGUAUGAACCAAUUGUUGGUCACCGGCUUCCAUGGGACUGCAUCUCCUUACGAUGCUCCACUGCCUUGUGGAUCAGAACUUCAGGUCGAAGACUCCAGAUAUGGCUUCCUAAGAAAACCACCUGCUUCGGUUUGGGCACCCGGGCAGUAUCACAGCCUUCACACAUCGAAUAAGAUUUGUGUGGCGCAUAUGUAUUUGGUGCCUCUUUGCACCAAUAUCUAUGUGUUAAAAUAAAAAUAAAUUAUAGAUACAGAAGUAUGUAAGCUCAUCGACUAGUCAUACCAAAUAGGUUCAUUGUGAGCUAUUGUUUGUAAAUAAAUCAAUUAAAGUACAUUGUUCACUAUUAAUGGAGAGUGGGAUAUGCUUUUUAGGGGAUUUUAAUAAAUCCAAUUUACACUCAAGAUUAGUUGACUCAUUGAAAAGUUAUUAUCUACAAGGUUGUCUCAAUUUCUGCAAAGCAAACAUGGAACCUAUUUCUAAUAAUCUAAUGUAUUUUAUAAGGUGUCGCUUGUCGAACACGAUGCUGACAUGUUUGUGGAUUUUUCUAAAAUACAUGGAAAGAUAUUUAGAAGUCGAUGACGUUUGUCUGAACUCCAUCAUCACUUAAUUAUCCAAUAUUUAAAAUUACUAUUCGAUAAGUAUGACUUCAAAUGAUUGGGACUUUUUGAAUGAGUGUUAAAACCGAUUAAUCAUUGUACAAUGUAAAAAAAACUAGUUCAGCACACUGAUCAACUAUUCCAUAUAAGUACUAGUAUACAGUUCUAGAAAAUGUCAACCUCAUUUUAUCUGCAUUCUUAUUUACCAGUGCUAAGUAUUUACAUCGGAAGAACGAAGAGGAAAGUUAGCAUAUCGAAGCACAUCCCACAACAGUUGAAAUUUCAAAAUCGUCCAAAAUAAUCAAUACUCAAGCCACCUCAAAUUUACUACGUUUAUCAGUGGUUAAAACCGAAUAUAUGCAUUGAAAAAUAUACUGUUGUAAAUUUCGCACUACCCUGGUAACUUCUAGCUAAUUAUAGUUUAGUCGUGUAAUAUUCUAUUUCAUGUUCUAAAUUACAAAUUUUUUUCAUUUCUACGUCAUUAUUUUUAGCUUUACUCAGUUUACUCUUGAUGUGUCCAGUUUUACGGUUGUUGUUACGUAACUUGCAACGUCGAUUUUCAUUUUCAUUUUAUGGAAACCUGUCUUAGAAUUUUCAUAUUUGAUUUAUAGUUGUCAUUAUUUUAUUAACCUUCAUUAGUAUGAUAUGAUAUAGUAGAUUAUUAUGGCGAGGCCAUGUUUUAUGGACGGCGUUGAGCAACACCGAAGUGACCUUGAAAAGUAACUGCUUGCUAGGGUGGAAAUAGGUUUGUAGAUUAAUUUAAGGAAUUGAGAAUAGGAGUUAGAGUUGUAAGUUAGGGUUUUCAUCGCGAGCUAACACCUAUAGUGUCGAAAUGUUAUUUAGCCAUAUCGAUAUAUGAAUUUCACUUGAAAACUGAAGUCUAUCUUAAAUCUGGUUGAUUCGUCCAUAAAUUAUGGUCCUGUCAUAAUUAUUACUGUUGUUUCUAAAUUGUGAACAGCUGAAGAGAAACUACAAUAUAAAUGAACUUACCUUAUCCGACUACGUUUAUUGUUCUUACCUGAAUUAAGUUUUAUUUUACUCACAAAAGUUAACAUCAGAUGAGUAAUGAAAGCUAAAGAACGUUGGAAAUACGUUUUAACACGUCUUAAGGCCAAUAUAAUAUCACGUAAUGUCAUUGAGUGAGAUGACCGUGAGGACUACUAUGCUUGAAUCAAUGACACUAAUCCCCAAAUAAAUGACCUGAUAUUUUAACGUUGUUGCUAUGUAGAUUUCGUGUCCGCAAACUCAAUCAGAAUACGAAAGUGAAUCAGCAGAUGUAAUCGUUGUAUCUAUGGCUAAGAAAUUCACGUGAUUAAAUACAUGAAUUACCUGAUUAUAACUUAUCUUAAGUAAGCAGUUAAAUAUAUAAUAAACAUAGAAUCUAAAAUAAACAUUCAGUUUAAUAGUCUAAUAAAUAAUUUACAGUAAUUUGGAAGCGGUAAAGCUUUUGAUAGUAGUUAAUCAAUCGAUUGAGAGCUUUCAACUAAGGGGAUAUAAAAAUUAUAUAAACUGUGUUCGUAAAUACAUAUUAAAAGAAUGUGACUACUGGUAUCCUGAACAGCGCUAAGUUGGUCAUUUUCUCUUAUUCAUUUCAUUCCAAAAUUGAUCUAAAUCCCACUUUCCAUAUUUUUUUACUUCACUCAAUUUAGCGGUUUAGUACGACAGUUUUAACUAAUUGAACUCAUCAUUAAUACCUGAAUACUGAUAUGAAUAUGUAUUUCAUAAUGAAGUGAUUUAAUAUUAUUGUCGUUAUAAAAAUAAAUGGAUUAUCAACGUUUUCUUUUGGCUGUUAUGUUCUUUGGAUUUUUUGGUUAAUUGUAAAGCUUGCAUCGUCAUACUGGAUAUCACUGUUUUCAUGAACUUCCAAUCGAUUUCCUAAAUUCGAAUUAAACAGAGGAGGCGUAGACAUUUGACAAGUUUCUAGUUGGUGCAUAUAGUUGACAACAAAUAUAUCAUCCAAUGGCUAAUAAACCCCAUAAGUUGCCCCUGAAAAAUGUUAUAAUAGAGGGGAACUCGUCUGUUUUUGUAGAUUUGUAAUUGAUUUCCACAAAUCGAUCUGAGGUCUGGUCAAAUGAUGAUUAUGUACGAGGGAUUUUUUCUGACUUUCUUCUUUUAUCCCUUGGAGGAGCAUAAGCCGCUGACCAGGAUUCUCCAACCUAUUCUAUAUUAUGUUCUCCUUUAUAGUUGUUCGUAAGUGCUAUUCAUUCUUUCGAUGUCUGCCUCUAAUUUCCAAAGUAACAUGUUCUUCCGCCUUUCUCUUUCCCUUUCAUUAACAAUUCCGAAAUAAUGAAUGAUUGUUUUAAUUUAUAUAAGCACUAAUUUGUUCGAAAUCGGGAGUUGUUAUUACAUAUUCAACACCUAUUACUGUAUUGUAUUUCUUUCUCUUGUUCUCAUUCCUACCAUUCAAGAAACUACUUUGUUUCGUAACCCGAUUUGACGGCUUUGUAUUACCCAUAUACCUGUUGGUCGCCAUUUGGCUUUUCCAACCUGUUAGGAUAGUUGGAAAAAUAUACCAAUAAUUAUCGUGUUAAGUCUAUGGUGGCCUUGGACCUUAAAUGUACAUUUCUUAUUGGUUGAUGUUUAUUUCACUUGUUAAAUAUUUUGUAAAUGUUGUUCUCUAUUUUAUGGUACGAUGUGGUUUGUUUGUUUGGUAUAUAAAUAGAGUAUGUCUGAAAUACAAUGAUUCAUAACUCAG